UUCUUCACAGACGUGUCGACCGGAACGAUGGGAUGGCAAGUGCUGUUGUUUGUCUGGGUGCUCUCUCUCAGUGUAGUGUGCGGGCAGGUCAGCUACUCCAUUCCCGAGGAAAUGGCAAAGGGGGCUCUAAUAGGCAACAUAGCACAGGAUUUAGGUUUAAGUGUGGAAAGGCUGAAGUCCGGUAAAGCUCGUGUUUAUACUGGUAACACUGAAGAAUAUAUUGAGCUGAGGAGAGAAAGAGGAGUUCUCCUUGUGAAAGACAGAAUAGACAGAGAAUCGCUCUGCGGUCAGACAAUGCCUUGCGCGCUCCAUUUUCAAAUGAUUCUGGAAAACCCAAUGGAGUUUUACACGGUGACUGUCGAAAUUACCGAUAUAAAUGACAACCCUCCAACAUUUGAGAGAGGUGAGAUGCAAUAUGAAAUUAGUGAAUCAGCUCUUACCGGAGCGAGAUUCGUUUUGGAGAAAGCCAUAGAUGAUGAUGUAGGUGUGAACGGCUUGAGCAGCUACGCCCUAAAACCCAGCGAUAAUUUCUCUCUGAAAACCAUCAGCCGAGGAGAUGGCACUAAACAUGUUGAGAUGGUUUUACAAAAACCGCUGGACCGAGAGAAAAAUGAGCAUUUAUCAUUAAUACUAACAGCCAUGGAUGGUGGUGAACCGCAGCUCUCAGGCACAAUGCAGAUUCUCAUAACAGUGUUAGACGCAAACGAUAAUGCUCCCGUUUGUUCAAAACCCGAAUACAAAGCAAGUGUUACAGAGAACGCUCCUAUAGGCACUUUAAUAACUACCGUGCGGGCGACUGACAUAGAUAAAGGUAAUAACGGAAAAGUAACAUACAUGAUUUCAAAAUCUGGAGCAGGAAGUCUCUUUAAAGUUGACGCAGAGAACGGAGUGUUGACCUUAGCUGGACAUGUAGAUUAUGAAAAAAGGAGAUUGUACGAGCUGGAUAUUCAGGUGUCAGAUCAGGGAGGAUUAUCCGAUGCAUGUAAAGUAAUCGUGGACGUGACAGAUACAAAUGACAACCCCCCAUCUAUUAACAUCAUGUCUAAUUCAAACACAGUAUCUGAGAACAUGAAACCGGGCACGGUUGUAACAAUGCUUAAUAUACAAGAUCCAGACGCAAAUGAAAACGGCAAAGUCAUGUGUGUUAUAAACGACAAUAUUCCUUUCGUUAUUAAAUCUACUACAAACAAUUUCUUUACCGUUGUCACAGACAGUGAAUUAGACAGAGAGAGAGCAUCUGAGUAUGAUAUAACAGUGACCUGCUCUGAUGAGGGAGUGCCCUCCCUCUCCAGCAGCGUCACUCUCACCUUACAGAUCUCUGAUGUCAAUGACAACGCGCCUGUCUUUGAGAGGAGCUCAUAUGAGGCCUACAUUGUAGAAAACAACACACCAGGCCUCUCUGUAUUCACAGUGAAAGCCACAGACGCUGACUGGAACCAGAAUGCCCGUGUUUCUUACAUACUGGAGGAGUCCUCUGUCAACGGAGUGCCAGUCUCCUCCUAUGUGUCCGUUAGUGCUGAUAGUGGAGUCAUCCAUGCAGUGCGCUCUUUUGACUACGAGCAGAUCAAAGAUUUCCACUUCCGCGUCAAAGCUCAGGAUGGAGGCUCUCCUCCACUCAGUAGCAAUGUGACAGUGAAAAUACUGAUCCAGGACCAGAACGACAACCCUCCUCAGGUUCUGUACCCAGUCCAGACUGGUGGCUCUGUGGUGGCUGAGAUGGUGCCUCGUUCAGCAGAUGUGGGCUAUCUGGUGACUAAAGUGGUGGCUGUUGAUGUGGACUCUGGACAGAAUGCCUGGCUGUCCUAUAAACUGCAGAAAGCCACAGACAGGGCGCUGUUUGAAGUGGGCUUACAGAAUGGAGAAAUCAGAACUAUCCGCCAAGUCAGUGAUAAAGAUGCAGUCAAACAGAGACUGACUGUUAUAGUGGAGGACAACGGGCAGCCCUCUCGUUCAGCUACAGUCAUUGUCAACGUGGCGGUGGCGGACAGCUUCCCUGAAGUGCUGUCGGAGUUCACUGACUUUCCACAUGACAAGGAGUACAAUGACAACCUGACUUUUUACUUAGUGCUGGCUCUGGCUGUAGUUUCCUUCCUCUUCAUCACCUGUUUAGUUGUUAUUAUAUCAGUCAGAAUCUACAGAUGGAGACAGUCUCGCAUCCUGUAUCACUCCAAUCUGCCUGUGAUUCCAUAUUAUCCACCACGUUACUCAGACACUUUGGGGACAGGGACUCUCCAACACGUGUACAAUUACGAGGUGUGCAGGACGACUGACUCCAGAAAGAGUGACUGUAAGUUCGGCAGAGCUGGUAGUCAGAACGUGCUGAUAAUGGACCCCAGUUCUACAGGGACGAUGCAGCGGAUACAGAAUGAGAAGAGCAUCCUGGAUGAACCAGACUCUCCUCUCGAGGUUAGAUGGAUUUAA